AUAUACAUGCUGGGCUUUGCACUCACUCCGGCGCAUGGACACCGCCCCCUCAUCAGCACACCCGCAAUAGAAACUGCACUCUGCUCCUGUGAGUUUUAGCCCUCCCAGUCCCACACCUGAGGGGAGCCAUCUCCGGACUGAAGGUUCAUACGGUGGUUUCUGACAACACUUCCACUUCUGGUCCGUUGGGAGUUAUUCACACGCCUCUAAUGAUGCCCUUUUACUACAUUCCCAUUCUAGAGAUCUUCCUGGGCAUCCUGGGCUUUGGUCUCUCCAUCAUGUUCUGCACCACCUUCUGCAGGGCGUGCAGCCGCAUGAGGGAGGAGCAGAUAGAGAGGGAAGCGUGGAGACGCAGUGAGCAGGACGGGCGCCCGCCUUCUAUAUAUUUCAUCCCCUUCCAUGGAAGCAGGUCACAGCAGGACAGUGAAGACGCCAGGGUGCCUCCGCACAGCCAGGAGCUACACACACCUCCACGAUACAGCACUGCUGUCUACUGUGGGCCCCCACCUUCCUAUAAUGAGCUGGGAAUUAAACCUGACGAUCUUCCCCCUGCUUACACAGAGCAUACUGUCCCUGUGUGUCCGGUAACACCCCAACCGCACACAGACAUGGUACAAUCGCAGACUCAGCCGCAACCCUAAGCUGGGACAUCACACUGUGCCUGUGUUGAAGUUAUGGACAGUCUCGAUUACUGCACUGAAUCAUGGACAUGCGUGAGCUGGUAGCUGGAGUUUACAACGCUUUAAAGAAACUUUUUAUUGUGAGCUUCUUCUUCUUUUUUUUUUCUUUUUUGUAUUGUGGUAAUGAAUGCGAUGAUGGCACAGAUACGAUGAAAGCUGCAGGGAUGGCACCAGGUUUAAAGCUACAAUGCCAUGAAUUAACUUUGCAUUGUCCAAGCCACUAAACCACUUCAUAGAUUUUAUUCCCAUGUAUAAUGAUUGUUAGACUGGUCCUGUGUUUAUCACUUCCCUGAGUGGGGUUAUUACCUCCACCAUGGAGGUUGUGCUUUAGUCCAGUGUGUUUGCAUGUCUGUUUGUUUUGUUUGUUUUUUUUAGCAGUAUAUCUCAAAAAGCCACUUUACUGGCAUUAGCGAAAUUUCGUGUGAAUUCAGGUGCAGGUCCAAAUCCAAUGGGGCCACCAUGUGGCCAUUUACGACGCUCUUUGUUUUGGCUCAUGUCUCCUGAAUCAUUAGCAGUGGGUGCCAUUUCCCGCCUGGUGUCCUUUUUCCAACGUGUAUUAGUGCCUGCACAGAUUUGCCAUGAAACUUUUUCUCAGCACUUUUACCAGCUUAGCCUGUCUGCACAAAAUCUGGUACAUUACCUAUCUGCAUAUGAUUUACCGUUUUCCUAUAACUGGUUGCCAAAGUCUUGUAGCUGUGAACUGUUUGACAUGAACUGACAUAAAUCAUGAACACAUGAAAUUUCAACCAAAUUUAGGCUGCACAUAUUAAAUCUGUGCAAUCAUACAAAUUUGAUAGGCGGCACAACAACAUAACAAACUGAAAUUCCCACAACUCAGUGUUCAUGAGCAUGAUUCAGUUUAUUUCUUGGCACAUAGCAUCCUUGUACCGACACCCAAAUAUUCACAGACAGGAUUUAGAUAUUUGCCAAAUAUCAUGGGGGAUGUUUUCUACCCAGUAUCAUCGUCUAUCACUAUGUGAAUUUUAACGCACAUGCAAUCAUGAUCCAGAUGCUGAUUAAAAGAUGUUUUCUUUCAUCAAAUCACAAGCUUAGAAGACUGUUCAGCCUUAUUGAGUUACUGUAUGUGCUGUAUGUGCGUCACAAAAGGUGUGUGAGAAGCACGUAUUUUAACAUGUAAAAGUUGUUUUAAGUGAAUGAGUGAUGUAUUGACGUUGCAUUCAAAUUAAGUAGGAACAAUUUUUGUAAAGACUCAAUGGUCCAAAGCA